AUGAGCAAGUCUCUGCACUGCGACGCGACGACUCUCAUCCUCAACCGCGAGUCGCUCGACUGCGAGAUCGUCUCGGCAAAGUCGACGCUUAACAUCCAGAUGCCGGGCGAGACGGACGAGGGCGGGUCCGCGGAGGGGAGGGAGCCUUCUCGGAGCCUUCUCGGAGCCUUCCCUAUAGGCAAGACGGACGACGACGAGUUCAAGGAGGUGCCCAUCCCGGAGCAGUUCGUCUCCAAGUUCGACGGCGACAAGUGGACGACCGAGUGCAUGGCCCACUCUGGCUAG